AUGGCACAGAAUCACCAAACUCCGAAUCACCAAACCCCCAAUCAACAACCAGAACCAAUGGAGCAGAGCGACAACAUCUCUCAAAGUGAGAAAAUACGGAAAGACCAAGUUGAGAACAGUGCAAAAGGGAUGGUAUGGCUAGUCGAUGAUAUAAAUAGACUCCGUCGCUUCUUGGUGCUCGGAAGUGAAAUACCUACGUACUAUAUCGGGCAAAGGGAGCUUGGCAUAGAGAAUGCAAAAGCUAUAGUGCGUCUUUUUGAAGCCGGGAGGGGCGUAGAGGUUGUCAGUGAAAUUUUAACUUUCAGUCUCGAAGGACGAACGGCAAAGCAGAAUUCAAUUAUGCUUGCAUUGGCAAUGUGCGCUCGUUUGGGUGAUUUACCAACAAAGCGAAAAGCCUAUGAGGUGAUGCCACAAAUCUGCCGCAUUCCCACACAUCUUUUCAUGUUUGUCGAUUUAAGUAAAAAGCUCAGCAAACCAACCACGGGUUGGGGUAGAGCCCCCCGCAAAGCAAUCCAGAAGUGGUAUAUUGAAAAAGCGCCCAUGAAGUUAGCAAUGGCCUUAACAAAGUACCAAAAACGUGAAGGGUGGUCACACGCUGACGUCGCACGAGUCACUCAUCUCAAGUCAGACAACCCUGCGAUACAAUGCGUUUUGAAGUAUGCUGUCCGAGGUUUCGCCGAGAUGUCGACAGCAUUCCCAGAUUCGGUUCAAAACAGCGAAGAACUUAACUCGGUGUUGAAUUUCUUCAAAGCUGUUGAAGAAAUGAAAAAGUUGACAAAGGACGAUGCUGACAGGGUUGUGGAGUUAAUUGAAGGACAGCAGUUGGUACGAGAGCAUAUCCCUACUGUGUGCCUCGGGUCAAAAAAGGUAACAAGGUUGUAUGAUUGUGUUGCAUACCCUAACAUUGGACUUGUGGCUAUUCACUUCAUCUUGUGUUCAUGUGAACAAUCUUCACAAUUUUAACCCAUUAAGUUUUAGUGCACCCUACUUUACUAUUUUAGAAGAGAGUUAUUGUAAUGUUCUCGUGUCCAUACUUUUUUCUAGAAGAUUGCUUAUAUUCUUUAUUCUAGAAGAUUUUUGCGGCAAUUUUUUGUCAUCGAUAUGUCCUGUCACAUGUGACUCGUCACAUGAACAAUGCUACAGUUAUGUCGAAUUUAAGUCUCUUGUGUUGGGGGCGGACCAUUAGAAAAGUGAUGAGGGGGUGGGGAAAAAACAAAAAUAAAAUUCGAGCAGGGAAAAUAGAAAGAAAAAAAAUUCGUGCACCAGAAAUGUCUGAAAAAAAAAUUCGUGCAGAGACUUUUCAAUAGGGAAAAUUACAGGGCCUAUCAGAGGUACAGUGUAAGGAUGUCCCCGAACUUUCGAAAAUAAGCGUUUUAAUUGUGUUUUAAGAAGUUUUUCGGGGAAAAUGUGUUUUAAACCUUAAUUGAACUGAUGUUAGUCCGAAAAAAAAUAUUUUGACCCUAUUUUUCUUUGUCCUGCAAAAAUUUUUGAGUCCGGAAAAAAACGUGCCCUAAUCGUUAGCCAUAACUACACCCACCAAAAGGCAUUCCUUCAAAUGUUGAAGUUUUUAAUAGAAUUUGUUUUUAAGGUAUGGGAUGCACUUCUUAAGAAAAUGCCAAUGACAGCAAUGAUUCGUAAUCUUAACAAGAUGACAGCGAUUGGCUUGCUUGAAGAAAACAAUGAACAGGUGCAGUUAGUGUGUGAGAAUUUGCGCAACGAAGACUUGCUGAAGAAGGCUCGUAUCCACCCAUUCAAUGUGUUGCUAGCGUUGAAACAGUACGAAUCUGGCCGUGGGGACAAGGGAUCUCUCACUUGGAAGGCAAUUCCGAUCAUUACCAAAGCACUGGAGGACGCGUUUUAUUUGUCAUUCAAGGUUGGUUGGGUUGUGCACUGUAAAUCUGGGAGUGUUACCACAACACCAAAGUCGGUGUAAAUUCUUGCCUCGAUAAUACUUUUCACCCAAUGGCCUCGUUUUCGUGUCAAAUACUUACUCAUGUUUUGUGCUCAUUAUAGUAGGGUUGAAAAUUACUUUGUUAUUGAGCCUAAGAGCAGCAAGAAAUAAAUUCGUCCUAAAGUAAGUUAACAUGGAAACGACGAGGCCAUUGGGUAAAAGAGAAUAAUCGGUAAGGUCUAUUGAAUAAACUAUAUUACAAAUAAUUAGCAAAGUUGAAGGAUUGUCUAGUUGCUGACUGUAAGCUCCAUGGGCAAACUAUUCUAAACCACUGCUCCCCUGUACUGUAGCUUAAAGAUUUUUUCUUCAAAUUUGUGUUUGGUUUAAGCGGUAAGAAGUCAUGCCUUGAAUGUCAGUUUGGUAGCUGCGAACUUCGUCAAUACUUGGUCAAUACUUGUCCUUAAACAUUAAAGUUGCUAAUUGUUCACUUCUGUUCUCAAUUUCAGAAUGUAGAACCGACAGGUAAACGACACAUGUUGGCCAUGGACGUGAGUGGAUCCAUGCAGUGUGGUGGGUGUGUCGGAUCACCCAGUAUUCAGCCUCAUGUUGCUUCCGCUGCAAUGGCGAUGGUCACAGCUCGGACUGAAGAUGAUCAUAUAUUCGUCGCCUUCAGCCACACAAUUGUUCCAAUGAACAUAAAUAGUCACAUGAGAUUGGAAGAAGUAUUGAAAGCAGCGUCUUCGGUAAGUGAUAAGGUUCAAAUAAAUACAUCCAAGGUAUUUGCAGUUCUUAGAUUUUUAUUUGAAAUUUCGCGCAUUUAUAGGCCCGUUUACACUUGCAAUUUUUCUUGCUAUUUCUAGAGCGAUUUUCUUCUUUUGAUGGAUGUGAACGAGUGGAUGAGUUAUAAAUGUUCAGAUGAAGGACCAUGUACUCAGAACAUUCAUAACUCAUCUACACGCGUAAAAAUUGAUCAGGUUGUUGCAACAUUGUUCGCUGAACAACGUUGCAACAAUGAGGUUAUCAUGGCUGAACAACGUUGUUCAAGCGACAAUCGUUAACAACAUUGUUCCAACAACUUGUUCACGCUUGAUGAACGAACAAUGGUUGUUGCAACAUGAUGGAACAAGCGUCAACAAGGUUGAUGAAACAUGCUUGAUAAAUGUUGUCAGAACAAUGUUGUUCAGCGUUGUUCAUUCAUCAGGCGUCAACAAUAUUGUUCGAACAGGCGUGAACAACAUUGAUGAAAGAACAAGUUGUUUUUAGUUGUUCGAACAACCGUGAACAGCAUUGUUAUAAAUAGACGGUAAAAUAAUGAUUUGAACAACACGAAAACUUGUUUUUAUUGGUUGUUUCGAAAUCGCUGGGAUGCAAAACGGACGAAUGCGACGAAUAUCACGAGAGCAAGAAAUCAAACGGGCUUUUACAGCAAAAUAAAUGUCAUUUAAACUUUGUGGUUUUUUCUGAAGAUUGAGGGGAAAAUACUGAAGAAAAAAACUUGGUAAGUGUCUUGUUAUGAGGUAAGGUUAGUUGUAAAAGCUUAAAACAACCCGACCUUUUGAUUUUAGUCAUUUUCAUAGUGCACGACGAAGAAAUGCACACGCACAAACUUUAUAGUACUUUUAUAUAGGCAUUGCAUUUUGAUAUUUUUCUCUAUAUUUUCAGUAUAUAUGAAACAAGAAACCACGGUCAUACUGUACUAAAAGCCGUAAUAUAAACAAAACAUUUAAUUCUCAAAAUAUUGUUUAAAUUUUUCCAAUUACACUCUAAAUUUCUGUCAGAGUCUUUUAACUUUGAAAUUUGAAUAUGUCAAAAACGCUUUCAUAUCAUAUGUCCUCCGCUCCUUCCGUCCCUAUUGUUGUUUGUAAUUAAUUUAAGUUUGAUCACUGCUAUAUAUAAACAAUUCCUAUUGUGUUUUAACAAGGUCAACCAAAUACUUGAUCAGUUUACACACCAAGAAUGAUGUAUUUACUGCAUAUAAUAUGUGAUGGAUAGAUUAUAGGUAGGUAGGUAAGAGUGCAUACAGUUAAAUAAUUAGCCAUUUCUCAUAUUUCCUUUUAUUUCCUGGUUAAGCAGGUGACUAUAAUUGUCAUGGAAGGUAUGAAGGAGGUAGCUAUGAUUUUAUCACAUGGCUAUGGGGGAUAAUUAUGACCAUUAUUAUGCUCAAAUGUAAUUAUUGUCUCAUUUUUAUCCUUUUUGUAGUGUAAACUUAAGUAUAAAAAUAAAGAUUUAUGAAUAUGUCAGACAAAUUAUAUACAAUGGGUGAUCACUUGGUAAGUAAUUUUUAUACCUUUGUUGUGGUCUGUGUAGAUGGAGGCUAUUUUGGCAAUAGCCAUGCACUUAGACAUAGCAUGACCAGUCCAUAUGUGGACUGCCUAUAUGUCUAUUAAACAUGAUUGAAUACCCAAAUUAGAUUCAAGAUUAUGAUAUGUCCCAGGCAUGGAUCCAAAAAUGACCAUGUACUGAAGUUAUAUGGCAUGAGCCAUGUAAAAUAUGGUGGGAAACAUACAAUUGGGGCUGCAUCCCACCAUAAUGCACUAGUCAAUUGAAACCCCGACCCCCGGGAUAGGGAGGGGAAAUUAACAUUUUGACAAUGUUAAAUUUUGGACAUUUCCCUGCUACCGGGAGAAUAUUGACUGUUAAAAUUACUGUCCCUAUGGCCCCAGCACUUUGCAAAUUUUCAUGACUUGGGAAAUUUUCAUGACUUGGGAAUUAAUUGUCCUGGCUAAUAAAUUGAUUUGUUAUUUAUUACCCUGUACCCUGGGGGAAAUCUGCAUUAAGACCGUGUUAAUCCACGGCCAUUCCCCGUUAAUUCCCCGCCCUGUCCCGGGGUUGGGGGUUUCAAUUGACUAGUGCAUGCAUAAACAUUGCAAAGGUCCAUUUUGUAAAUUAAUGGCACUAUGUAUUUAAUCUUAAUUUAUAGGGCCUGUGAGUUCAUAUCUGGAAUAAAAUAAUGGCAAUUCUACAGAAAUAUCACUGCUAAGGAGUGUCAAACAAAUUCAGGAGGACUGAAUUAACUGGAUGUUCUCAGGAUGAAAAAGAAAUUGUUGACUUUAAUUGAAUAAUCAUUAUCAUUAAUGUUAAAGGUUAAAAAUAUUGAACAUUCAAAAGGAUGCAGACAGAAAAUUGAAAGUAGGGCCUGAAUUUCAGGUUAAGUGAUCCAGGAAUGGGGUUGGCCCUCUGCAGGCUAAAUCAAUUGAGGGAGAUCCCUUUAUUUCAAGUUAAAUGAUUAUUUGAAUAAGAUGCCAUUCAGGCAAUAAGGGCCUGGUUAGGUCCAUAUUUUAAUUCAAAUUAUUAAGUACUCGAUUUAUCCAUCAACAAACCCCAACAUUAAAAUUUCCAUCGAGUGAGAUGCAACAAAACCAUCUAUAGUUUAUUAAUUAUGUUAACCUAAUCCAUCAAUUGGCAAUGAGCCUACUUUAGUAAUAAUUUUAUAUACUCCAUCUCUAAUUUGCCCAUUAUAUUUAUAAACUGCAUGACAGUUAAUAAUAUUACUCUUUCACAUACUAAUAAAAUCAUCUGGGCUCGGUUGUUCGAAACCCGUGAAAGCCUUUGAACUACUCAACUACCGGCCCCAGAUGAUUUUAUUAGUCUGUGAAAGAUUAAUUAUUAACUGUCAGUUUAUAAAUAUAAUGGGCAAAUAUAUGAUUAUGUACAAAUUGCAUGCAUGGUUCAUAAUAUCUCUGUGAUAGACUUGCUCCAACAGAUUCAAAUUCCAUCCUGACAAUACCUAAAUAAUAAUUAUAGAGGUUGCAGUGUUGCACUACCUUUUGCUAAAAUACUGCCAUUGUUUACCAGUAUUUAAUAUGAACUCAAAAGUCAAAACACUUAACACUAUGAAGUAUUUAGAUUUAUAAAUAGUACUUAGUAUUUUAUAAACCUUAAUUGCAUAUAAAAUAGUUUAUAGUCAUCUUACCUUUGUACUUUUACUGUAAUUAUCUCUUUAAUUUGUAUUUGUUCACUAAUCUGUAUUUUCUUAUUUCAAAAUAAACUGAAUUUCAUAUCAAGAAGCGAAGUUUGUCUGUUUGUGUGCUUAUUUAAAGGCACAGUUCAGCCUUCUGAGUGAUGGGUUUUAUGGCGCAUUACAAGACUUUUAAUUGAAAAAACUAACUAGGAAAAUCAAUUAAGCAUAAUUCAAAAUCAGUGAACUCAAUGUUAAAAAACAUUAGAAAUGUUUAAAAAUGUUAAAAACAUUGAAAUCACUGAUCUUGAAUUGUGCUUAAUUAAUUGAUUUUCCUAAUUAGUUUUUUCAAUUCAAAGGCUUGUAAUGCGCCUUAAAAACCAUCAUUCAAAAGGCUGAACUGUGCCUUUAAAUUUCUCUCCCCCCCUGGAAAAUGGCCACGAAUAACAGCGUCGAAAACGAUUGAUAUCAGGCUGUUUACGUAUUGAUAAAACAAGACUGUUCGCAGUUGUUGACAAUAUAAAACAUCAUUGAUAUCAGGUUGAUCUCAGUUGUUCCAACAACGUUGUUCAGGCCUUGUUCGUUCAUCAGGCGUCAACAACAUUGUUCGAACAAGCGUGAACAAUAUUGUUGACAACAUUGCUGCAAGUGGGCCGCACAAUAUUGCAGCAUCCUGUUCAGAACCAAGUUGCAGCAACUUGUUGACAACUUGCAUCAACCUGAGCGUUUUUACGCGUGUAGGAGCACCUCCUCCAGUAAUUUAGUAAAGCUCAGUGGUUUUCCCCCGUUUCCUUAUUUUAUUUCCAUUCCCCCGUUAAUCCACGGCCAUUCCCCCGUUUUUUGCCGUGUACACGGCAAAAAACGCUCAGGUUGAUGCAAUACUGAUGAAAACAGGAUUGAACAAUGUUUUGCUGCCCACAUUGUUCAUAGCUGUCAACAACAUUGAACAAUAUUGUUACACCCAAUUCAUGCUCAACAGCAUUGUUCAAUACUGUUGACAAGUGUGAACAACGUGGGCAGCAAAACAUUGUUCAGUCCUGUUGAGCAACGGUCGCGGCGUUUUUUUGCCGUGUACACAUUGUUCACACUUGUCAACAAUAUUGAGCAAUGCUGUUGAGCCUGAAUCGGGUGUAACAGUAUUGUUCAAUAUUGUUGACAGCUAUGAACAAUGUGGGCAGCAAAACAUUGUUCAAUCCUGUUUUCAUCAGUAUUGCAUCAACCCGAGCGUUUUUUGCCGUGUAUAACCAGUGAACUCAAAAGACCUGGAACGAUAACUCCUAUGUUCAAGUGCUAUGAUUGGUUGAAGCCAAUUUGAAGCUCACAGCGGGAACCGCGCGGCGAAAAUGCACUUUCAAAAAGACUAGGGUGAGUUACGAGGAGUGCGAAAUUCAGUCAAAGCGUUGUUUGAGCGAAAAUUAGCAAAAAAAUCCUUUUUUCAUCGAAAGACUUCAAGUUAAAAUAUCCAAACCUGUUUUUUUGGAUAGCUCUAACUUGCUUGCACUUACUUGAAGCAAAACUUUGAGGAGUAAACAUUUUUGUAUUGUGAAAAAUGAUAAAUAUUUGAACGUGCCUAUGAAAACUUCGCCUUUCAACUACGAAAAAAAAACUUUAGAAUAUUUCUGCGAGAUUAAAACUUGUUUUUAAUAGUACUGAAGCCCAUAUAAUGAAGUCGAUUUUGAACUUUUAAUCUAUCCGUUAGCCGCUGUAAAACGUGAAAAAUUUGUGUUUUCUAGUAACCUGCGAUCAGGCAUAUAAAUAAAGCUUCGCGACCGCGCGACGAAGGAUGCGAGCACAUUCGAUUUGUCAACGGCGUGGUUGUUAUGGCGGUUUUGCAAAGUAUUUUUUCGUUAAACUUUACUUGCAUAAAACCUACUUACCUUGCAAAAUGUAAAGCAAAACUAAAGCCGAAAGCCAAGAUAAAUACAAGCUGUUUGGAUUGUGUGUUGAUGGCAAAAUGAAGACGAUAGGAACAGAAGUAAAAUAUAACGUGCUUUGAAAUAUAUUUUGGAAUAUAUUUAUCGUUAUCCAACAUUCAAGGUUUUGGACAAAAAGGUAAUACUUUAAUUGAAAUUACAAAUAUUUAUGAAUUAUACAACUGAUAAUAAAACGAUUCACGUUUGACUUUAUUGAUUUUUAAACAGGAUCAUCUUCGUUAGCUGGUGCCUGACGCUUGGCUGUCCAUUAACCACCUUGUCGUUGUAGCGUUUGCCGUAAGUGAAGAGUCUCAAGGUAAAGUAUCUUUCUGCCGUUAAUUUGAUAAGGGAUGACCGGUGAUUUUCUUCAAGUGAAUUGUCUUGCGAUCCCUGAUCGUGAUCUUGAAAAAUUUGGUGGGUUGAAUCCAUUACAAAAUGGUUGCACACACUCAGAACCAGCUUCUGCUUUAACUUGUUUUCUCUUGAAAUUUUGAGGCCAUCUUUGCAAACAUUUACUUUAAAUAAUUUUUCAGCAAAUUCAAUAAUGUUAUAAACAGACUGUGACGGUAUUUUUAGGCCACCAUUGUUCACAAAUAAUGUGAAUGCUGAUGCAGGUGCAAUUUGAUUAUAAUUCAUAGCACAGUAAUCAUGGUCUGAAGUUUCAGAGUUGAAGUGAGAAAGUAGACAUCGCUUGCAUGAUUCACACGAUAGUUUUUUGACCAGUUUGAAAACAAUGUAACCACUGAUGUAAAACAAAAUGUUGGACAGAAAUUCGGAUGUACCGGGUGAAUUUAAGUUACUGCAGAGUAGGUCUUCUUCAGGACUGCUUUCAGGUUCGUCCAGGUUAUCUGUUGGAGUUUCUUUUAAAGGUGAUUUGUGUUUCUGGGAGUGAAAGAAUGGGAUAAUUGUUGUUGUGGAAUCAGAAAAUGUCAGGCAGUUGGCAUUUUUUGAGGCUGUGAUUGUGUUCCUCAACAGCAUUUUCCUCAUUGCAUACUUCAGUUGUAAGCAGUUCGGGUUAUUGUUCCAGCCACCCUGUGCUCUUAUACAUGAAAAUAAGAGUUCAAUAUGAUCCUGUGAGAACCUGUAAGUAAGCAGAUAUUUGAAAGAAUUUUCACCACUGAACAUUGCUGUUGUCAUAUCAAUUGUCGAUUUAAUAGUUGUGACAAAGCCAGUAAUGAAUGUUUUUCUUUGAUGUGUGACCAACAAUUGGUUGGUACUGUCAUGUGUUCUUAAACUGAGCAAAUACUCAGCAGAAUGCUUCAGGAUUUCUUCCCAUGUAUUUCUCGAUUGAGGACGCAGUGGUUGUUUAAAUCCUUUUGCAAUUGGGUUUCGAGAGUUUAGAAUGUCAAAUAAUCUAUCCACUAUUCUGAUAAAUUUAACAGUACCGAUUGAGUUUUGAAAUUCUUUAAGUUCCAUUGAUUUAUCUAAAAAUUCAAUAGCAUCUGCUACAGAUGAGCUAAGGGUUUGAGCUGCUAGUUGGACAUUCAUUUUGUGCUUCAAAAACUGGAGAUGUCUUGAUGAAAACUUGUUUGCUAAUUGGAAACCUUCACAUUCUUGGAUUUUAUUGAGUGAUGAAAAUAAUUUCCAUGUAAUAAUAUUGUUUUCACAGUCAACGAUAGAGCCUAAGUGACCCAAAGCAUUCCUUGCCAAUUUAAGCAUGUGACAUGGGUCCAAAAUUGCAUAUACGAAGUAGUUUUGAGUAGGGUGUUUAAACUUGGUAAUCAUGCUUUCAUAUGAUGUUGUAAACUUGCAGCCAAGUUCACUGAACAUGGUGAAAUUGACAGAAGUACCAUCUGCUGUUACAGAAUAGACACGUAAUCCAGCUUCAGCUGCCAUAAUGAGUGCUUCCUGAACCAACUUGGCUUGCAUUUUUCCAGUCAUUUUGUCAGUGAGAAAAUAUCCAAUAGGACAUUUCCAAUUACUUCUGGCCCCCACAAGAACAAAUACUAGUGCUUCUGAUGCAUAUUGAUCUGGUUUACUGGUAGGUAUAUGUCCAUAGUCUACAAACCCCACAUACUUAUCAUUUUUAGAGUCCCAUAGAGUUUGCCAUCCCAUCAAUUAUGAAACAACAGUUUCUUUUCAGGGCUGAGCAAUGCUUCCUUUUUUAGGGAUUCAAAUGACUCUUUAAAGAAUCCUGGAUUGCACUCAACAACACUUGACCACUUUCUAAUAAGUGAUGGAUGUGGUAAUGGAAUUAUUGACCUUACAUAUUCGUAUGCUUUUGGUGAGUAGUAAUUUAAUGUUGUUGCGAAUUCUUUGACAACGUCUACAUAUCUCCUCCCACAAGGAUCACAUCUAACAUUAUUUUUCGUGUCUCUGAAAAUGGCAAGUUGCACCCCAUCAAAUUUUGCCGAAAGUAGUUCUGCAUCAUCUUGACAGAUAAGAAGCUUUUGUUGUAGCUCUUGUAUAAUAUCUCCCAUGGUCUGUUUUCUGGCUUUAGUUGCCUUAAUUGUUGCUGCAAGCCUUUUCUUUUUCUUUUUAGUUUAUCCUCUAGGGUUUUCCUAUCUUGGUCUUCUUCCAAAUCUUCUAUGGUGUUGGCUAGCCUGCGAGCAGGCUCUCUGGGGAAAGAGAGCCUGCAAGGAUCCCUAUGAUGAUUGCGUGCCGCCCUUCAAUUAUGAUGUCACAGGUCAAUUAAUAACAACCAAUCAGCGCAGACCGGAAUACACUACGAUAUUGUAAACAUAAACCGAUUCGUUUCAAAUUCGUUACUGUAAUAGUUUCGUAUACAGACCGCCACUGUGGCAUACUAAAAAAGUUAAAACGGCUCGAGGUUUUACAGAGUAAUAUAUCAAGUUGUACUUUUAUUACAAUCUGCAUGUGUUUCUCCUGUAGGCACAGUAAGUUUAAAGUUGUAUAUUACCCGCUAACUAAUUCAGUUAUUUGGAAUUGCUUCGUGCUGCAAUAUAUAAUAUACACUGUAUACAGUCUAUAUAUAUAGUAAUAAUAUAACUUACUGAAAUUUAUGGCUUUGGUGAGACAUAGACAUAUAUGAUAUACCAUGGACAUAAUAAUAUGUUUAUAGUUCAAAUUUUGCAACAAAAAGUGGAAUUGCAGUAAACAUGCAUGUGAUAAUUAUUGUAAACAAAGUGACGAGUAAAUUACUGUACAUUUUAACGCCGCAUACUUAUAAAUAUUAAAUAGUCAGUAUAACAUUGUAAAACAAGCUUAAUACACACAAUAUGCACUGAAUAUUAUCAGAAUUCCCAAUAUUGUUUCAUAAAAGAGAAGCGAUAUAAUGCCUUGUCCCUAGGUUUCGGUUUGCGAAUUUGUGCAGUCUUUCUCAAGAAUUAUUCUUAGCUUAGGAGUCAGACAAGCCAAGGACACAAUAAAGCAUGCAAGCUUUUAGUAUUCGUCUUUAUAUGAAUACUAUAUUAAUUUACAGUAAAAAGUCAACCAGGAUCAAAAUACAUAACACUUUUAUCUCUACAUUGUCGCAAUUCCGAAGCUUUGCGUUGCUCGGUUUUACAAACGGGAAGUGCAAGUUUAUGGAAGCUUGUCAAUCACUUCAUAUGAAUCAGUUAUCAACCAAUCAGAGCACUGCGUCCAAAUAUUGGACGCAUGCACCGAAUCAUCAAAGGGAUCCUUGCAGGCUCUCUUUCCCCAGAGAGCCUGCUCGCAGGCUAGGUGUUGGCUUUUUUGCAGUAGGUAUGGUCAUGGUUGACAAUAUCAAGAGAUGAUACGGUUGUCAACACCUCUAGAUUACAUGGGUGUUCUAUCUUUUUUCUUAAUUUUUUAGGGAUGCCAUAGACUGGGUUACUUGAUGAAUUGA